GCGCUAACUUGUAAAUUUUAUGCAAAUCUCAUUUGGUUUUUGCGUUGGAUAUAUUCUUUCUCAGUUCCCUCACCAACACCCUUCCGUGAAAGUCCGCUAAAUGUUGAAUCUUGAAAGUUCGGCGGUGCUAAAUUACAACGUAAAAAUGGCGCUCGACAACACAAAGAAGAAGCGGUAAGUAGUCGUUGUUCACUGGCGGACUUUCCGCUUUAGUUUCCGUGUCUCAUUUUCGUGACGUCGCUUUUUGACGCUUGCAUUUUUGGGUUUUUUUUUCUCGUUUUUCUCAUAGGAACCUUUUGAGCAUAGUGGAUAGGCUUGUUGAAAAGACUGGAGCAAAAAAAGAUUCCAAUGUACGGAAAAAACAGGUACAUCUUGGCAGCUUUUUAGUAUCGCGCAACGCGCAAAUCGAAGUUCAGAACGGGCGAAAUUACGCAUACAUGAAAAGCUGACCGGUUGUCGACGCGCUUUUCGCUUUCGUCCCAGUAUAUUCGCUUUAACUCAUUUGCGCACGUAAACUUUACAUAAAUGUACAUCUUCUCAAGUUUAAUAGACUUUUACGCAUUGUUUUGCGUCGAAAAAAGGAAGAUUUUCUUUUGAGAAAUGCGAAAUACUCAUGCAACUGUGUCCGUUUUGCGUUCCUUGUUGAGCAUAGAUACCGUUCGCUGCGGGCAGAAUUUUGGCUUUCCAGCGAUCGUUUAGUCGCAUUUUUGUUCUCAUGUGAUGAUUUUCGAUGUAAUUCGAUGGGUUUGGUUUGUUUCCGUAUUUUCUGCGUAAUAUUCUCAAUGCGCACUUUCCAAUUUAGUGCCAGAGCUUUCGAGAGCUUGUUUAGACUCGCAAGUGAGGUCGAAGCCGUCUGAAAGUGCGUAUUGCGGCUGUAAUCCUCUGUAAGCGAAUAAGGGCGACUGUCGUUCGCUAUCAUAGGGCUAGAUCUGGUCUUGGCGGUAUGCGCAAGACUUUAAACUGGACGUCUUGACGAAAACCUAGUUUUCGACGCGCAUUGUGCAAAAUUCUAGAACGCAUUCAUUUCAGACGGGGCGCUUGACACCAUGAGAAAACGAGACGAGCGCGCGCUGCUUGCGUUCAACACAGAAGACAAAUCAGUAUUUACAGGCAAUCAUUGAAAUAUUCGUUCACUGGAAACAUCCUUCUCUCGCACUGAGACAGUUUUCAGGCUAGCGCAACGCUUUAAAUUUCGAAAAUGCGCCUCUAUAUCUUUCCGUGCGUCACUUGUACUUUCAGUUUUGAGAGCUAGAGCAACAUAAAUUUCCGCCUCAUUGGAGUGCGCUUUUGUUGAUACAUGAUAAAGGAAGCAAUUACUGGAACUUUUUUCUCUUUAUAACCCAAACACUAAGGUCUUCUUCGACGUUUUUCUUAAUAUAGACGAGCGCAUGACAAAAUUUUACAAAAAAAAAAAUUAAGGCAUAUUCAGAACAACGCGUAAUAUUCGAGAAAUUUUUGCGUCAGUUGUCGUACGGUAAGGUACGAGUUGAUGUUUAGACAAAACAGAGAUUUUGUGCCGGAGAAUCAGUUGAACCGUCUCUUACUCGAUUGUCUUCAAGUUUUAUUUUGCGCAGCACAAUUGGGGGAGGUGGUGCUAUAAACUUGGUUGACGACUUGUCCCCUACUGUUGAUUUGGGGGCGGUCUUACAAAAACACAGAUACUUGAAUUUUAUUAAUCCGUGAUGAAAGUGCAGCGAUCUUUGAACUAUUUCAAAACUAACGAGUAAAAUUUAAUUGUUAAGUUAAAUUUCUCAUUGUGUGAAGCUGACACAUCUUUGAAAGUUUGGACAGUUCAUGCUGUGAAAAGUAAUCUUUAAUAGUACCAACUCUGAAAGAAGUUUUACAACUCAACAUGAGAUUGAAAAGAGAUUUACCCUAGUAAGGCAACAUAUUAUUUUGUUUUGAUCACAUCUAAUUCUGCCCCAUCCCCUGUUCUCCAUUCCCCAUUCCAGUUAAAAGGGUAUAGAAACAUGGGUCUCAGAAAAUUUUGGCCUGAUGUCCAAAUCUCAGAAGCGUAUUUGAUAGGUCUUGAAUUUUGAAACCGGGGUCUUGCAAUGCAAUUUACCAUUUUUUACCCCUAGUUAUUUCCCUUUUCAGCAGUCCCUUCAACCUCCCCCUUUUUUUUUACUGACAUCUUACGGGAUUCAUGCACACAGUUCUUGACCCUUUGCCACUUACCAUAGUAAAGUUUGUGCUCACUGACCAAAUAAAAACCAUUCCAGCAGAUGAAAAUAGAAGUUUGAUCUAAUAAUGGUUUUCAAUACCAGGAAGCCCUGUAUACACUAAACCACAUCCUUAUCAGGCUUGCUUAAUUAAUUUUACAGAAUGUUAGGCCAGUGACCUUUUCAAGGGUCAUUUUGUUUAUGCACUUUUGUGUAAAGUGCUCUGACACAAACAAGAGGUAAAUGCCAGGUGAAAGUAUCUUACACAUAUGGUCAUUUUGCCCUUCAUAGACUAACUUUGUUAUAGUACAGCUGCACAUAUGCUUGAGGGCGUGAAAUUCCUGUCACGCCUCCUGAACACGAGCUGCGGUGAUGUUACUACAGUCCCUCUAUUUUUCUUGCUUCCUCCCAAACGACCCCGCCCCUUAAGUAGUUUUGACACUCAUGCAAGAUGGCAGCCCGUAACGCAAAGCGUUCUAUCUCGACUAUGUUACGGAAAAAUAGAGGACUGUUAACAGUCUAAAAUCCCGUUGAAGUUCACAACUGCGAGGACCAUUCUCAUAUGAGCUCUAUGCAUUGUUGCCUUAAUUACCAGCCCAUGUGAAUGGAGUGCUACUUGUUUUACCUAGGAGAUGUAACCCUGUUAAUUUUUUUUAGGAGGUAUCAUCACCUUCUCCAAGGCCACCAAUUUCCAUUAUAAAGUAAGUCACACAAUAUCUUUGUAUAUUCACUUAGUUUUAACUGUGGCAGAGGUAUGGUGACACUGUUUGUCUUUGCAAGCCAUGUGGGUAUUUUAUUCUCCAAUUGAUAUGUAGUUCUUUGUACCUUGUUGGUCUAAAAUUUGCUAUCUGUGGGUUAGGUCUCAAUUUUUAAGGUAGGUCUCUGGCAGAACAUAAUACAAUGGAAAUGAAAACCCCUAGAAUGGAGAAAAAUGGUUUUAUUGUCUGACAGUGGAGCUUGUAGCUUAUCGGAAUGGUUUUUGCAAGAAGAGAUUUAAAAGGAGAUUUUGUCAUAGGGGCUGUGAGUAUACCUGUCUGCCUUCAAAAAGGCUACUUUGUUAAUCCUUUAAGCCUACAGUAUUUACAAGCAGAUUCUUCAGACUAUUCUCCGUACAUUUCUCGCUAAAGAAUUAGUUGAGAGAAUUUGACAAAGGUUCAAAGCAUUUUCCCUUUCGUGAUCAUUUUAUUUUUAUUUCUCAUAACCUUUUCUCUUGAUGUUGUUAUCGGUAUUGUUACUUUUAGGAGAAAAUUGGUGUUCUUUGUCCUGUGUGUCUGUCUUUCAUCUGUGAUUCAGUUGACAGGGUGCCCUGUCUUUCUCUUUUAUUCAAUAGACCUCAAAAUUUAAUGCUUCUUGCAUUGAUUCUUUCAGGCCAUAUCUGUUGCCACCUACACCAUCAUCAGGUCCUGCAUCACCUUGUGUCAGUGAUCAGGAAAGUGCCAGUGAUGUGGAUGAGCAAGCCAAUCAAAAGGGAGCAGACGAUGAGGGUGAAGAAGUGAAGAAAGGUAAAUAAAUAAACAGAUAACCCACAGGAAGACCACAGAAGUUCUUUUUCAGCCAAGUCAAGUCCAGCAAUGGAUCAAUCCCAAUAAGUAUUUCUCAGAGGGCAUCAUGGGCACUGCUGAAGCCAGUUGGAGAUGACUUAAAGUCUACUGCUCUUCAGUCAAAUGAUGAUGUGAAUCCACUGUUCCCUGGACAUUCGUAUCAUAGACACCUCAUUAUUAUGGAUCAUUUGCUUUUUCUCUUGGGAAAGAAAGCUCCUAGAUUUUCUCUAAAUUCAACCCAUUUAUACAGACACCCCGUUAAACAAUUUUCUCCUAACAAUAUCCAUACAAUGUCAAGAGAUUAGGUUAUGAGAAUUAAUUAAAUGAUCACCAUAGAGAAAAUGCUUUGAUCCUUUAUCAAACUCUCUUAACUUAUUCUUUAAAGAAAUGUAUAGAGAUCAGUUUGGACAAUUUGCUUGUGGAUAUUGGGACUUAAAGGGUUAAUACAGACAAUUUCAAUUGCCCUGUCAGUGUCUGUAUUUGCGGGGCUUGACUGUACAAUUUUUGAACAACAGUAAAGUACUAGAGUGAGCUCUGAGAAAGAUUAACUAAGAAACAAGAUCGCUUUAAUCACCCACUUUCACUCAUGACCAGCCAUGGGAUUAAAUAAAGAGUAGAUUUUUAGGUUUACUCAUCACAGGAAUGUCACAAAAAAAUGGUAUUGUGUUUUGGAAAUUUAAUAAUGCUGGUUGUACCAUUUAUUUAUUCUGUCAGGCCCUGUUGUUCCGAAACAGCCCAUGAGGUGUGAUGUCUGUGGACUCAGAGUGUAUAAAUCCUACCGUUUUGUCAACCGCACUAGCGCACCAGUACAUCUUAAACACUUUAUUACCCCAGAAAAUGACCGCAUCAGGGUAUGCAAAACUUGCUUUAGUUCCCGAGAGCGCUGCCGGAAAAACCUUGCCCUUAUUCUGCUUCGCUCUAAGACAAGCCAAAUGACUCAUCUGCGGACUCCCCUAGGAGUUACACAUGGCCGUUCAACCAAAGCUAUGGAUUACAUUGUAAGGGACCUAAAAAAAGGAUUCAAGAGACCGUACGAUGAUCUACUUUGUGAUGAGACAAUGGCGGAUGAAGAUGAAAUGGAGGCCGAUGAUGAGAGGUUCUUGUUGAAUGGCAACACAAACAGGAACCAGGCAACAAUGCCUAAACUCUUUGCAAUGGAAAAAGAGAAUGCCAAACAGGCUUCAGCAACACCUGCUCCUGUGAAGAACACUGGCAUUGUUACUGUGGUGAAACGUCACGGUGGAAAGUAUAACCCAACACCCAACUGCUUUACAAUUUAUGGAGAAGUUGACAACUCGAAGUGCAAAGAAAAUGUCGUGGCCACAGAUGCCAGAGAGCAAAAUGAAAACAGCCUUCCUAUUAAUGUGACUGAAAAUCUUAAGAAACUAGUGGAUCAGAAUUCUUCAUUACCGUCAACCGUGAACAUCACCUCAAAUUCAGAGAUUAAAUCCAUAAACAAUAAGCUGACAUUCUUAGAUCAUGCUUAUGCUUUACCACCACCAAAGGGGAAAGUGCCAUCAGUACUUAGGACUCAAGCCAUUACCAAAAUGAAAGUUCCCACAAGCAAGACAGUGAAAGAGACAAAUGCAACCAAGCAAGAGCCACAGAAAAAGACCGGUGAGUAUUGUAAGCUCCCUUCUGAAAAUGUCAGUGAUAAACAGUUGAACCUCCAAUAACCGCCACUUUUGCGCAAUAGACAUGUCUCGGUAGCUUUAUGUUUUGUUUUCCCAAUGCAGGUCGUGUCACAGUACUCAACAGAACUGUUUCUUUUGUCCAUUAUAAUCAUUAGACGCACAUGUACACAUAAUUUAUGAAAGGACAAAGGAGCCACUUGCUUUGGGAAAUCAAAACAUACAAGUUUUUUUAUAAAGAAGUCUAUUGCAGACAAUUUUUUUUAUGCCACCAAGCUAAACAAUGAUUGUAUAGCAACAAUUUAUACAUUAAUUGUAUACCUUGUCCUAUUAUUGUACAGCUUGUCCUGUCUCAAACAAAAACCUUAACAUGUAAAUGGAAAAAAAAUUAUCUCUGUCAAUGGAAAUGCCACAUCAACAUAGUCAAAGGCGCAAAUUACUCUGUUUUGGUAGGGCCAUUAAUAGGCAGCUAGGGGGGAUAAUUGGGUUAGUUUUUGCUGGGUAUGUGCUGCUGGUUUCUCAGAACCCCUACCCCAUUACAGUCUAUUCUGUGGCCAUAUUAUUAUAGACCGCAUCUUAGUCACUUUGGGAAAAAAGUAAUUUUUGCAAUCCCAACUUAGUCACUUUCUGUUUAUGCAUCUACCUUAUAAAGCCUUUUAUCAAGGUCAUCCUGAAAUGAACUGACACAUUUGUUAAACUUUAAUAGUGUGGUGUAAAUCUUUCUAUUUUUAAAUCCCUAUAUAUCCUGAAAAUGUGCGACCCAAUUCUAGUAACUCUUAUAAAAAUGGAGUCCCAUAAUAGCCAAUCCAUUUGUGAAAAUGCGACCCGAUCCAGCGGCACAUUACCAUUAGCCUACUACUGGGAAGUACCCUCCCCACACACACACUCACCCCUGUGCGUUAAUGCCAAUAACACAUGAAGGGUAGUGUAACUAAGGUGUAUAUAAUUAGGAUGUAUCAGUUGGCUAUUAUAUGGCUGGUGUUAUAUGCAAGCAAGAUGAAGUUAUUCCUGUGUUCCUAUGGCUAUAUCUUGCCCACUCAGGAUUUUCAGCUUUGGUCUUGCAAGAAAAUAGUAACUUUUGUCUUCGGUGGCCAUAUAGCAAAUCCUUUACUGUUUAAGCUUCUUCAGUCAAGAUGGCUGAAUAUUGGCCUGGUUCUUUUUUGGUGUUUUUCUUGUAUUGGGACGUAUACAAAACAUGGACCCUUGGUCUAUUUGCACCCCUUCGUGGACCCCAUCCAUGGACCACCGCUACUUUUUUAUGAUAAGUUUGACCAGAAGUCUAAACAAACUUUAGGAACCUUAAGUUGAUGAAAGUUUGGUCAGUUUUUGUUAUUAGGGAUAUGGGCUUCUUAUGUAUAUUAUACGUUUCUGGGGAACUGCCCACCUACCCCUCCCCUAAGCCAACAUUUUGCACUAAGUCAAAAGUAAGUCUUAAUGUUGGCAUAUGGGAGGGGUAGGUGGGCAGUUCCCAGAAUAGUAUAAUGAUCCUAUACUUGUUCAAAAUUUUCUUCAAUUCCAUACCAAUGUAUUGGGUUUGCUUCUGGUGAAGGAGUAACCAUAUAUUUAAGGGAAAAUGAGGAGAAGUAAGGACAAAGUAGUCUCCUAAUAAUGCAGCUCUUUUUUUGUCUUCAUGUUGUUUGAGAAAUCAAACAAAAGCAUUUCCAAGGGCUUUAAGGGAAGGGUAGUCUGGGAAGGAUAAUCAAUCUCCUAUGCAGCUGUUUGUGUUUGAUGCAGUGGGAUGACACAAAAAAGAGCUUCAUAGAAGACUAACAUAUCACUGCAGUAACAGGGGACAGAUGUAAGUGACACCGGGGUGCAGUUAGGUGGGUCCUGGGGUGCUAGUGGCCCCUCCUUUAUGAGAGGCAUCCCUUUCUAUUUUUCUUCCAAAAUACAAACACCUCGAACUCCAGAUGUGGAGGUCUGGGGUUCAAGCCUUGUCUGUCACGUUUCCUUAGAUGAGGAACUUUACUCCACUUUGUCUCUCAUCACCCAGGUGUAUAAAUGAGUACUGGUGACAUAUUGCUGGGGGCUAACCCUGCAAUCAAUUAGCAUCCCAUCCAGGGGGGGAGUAGCAAUACUCCUAGGCAUGCUUCAUGCUAACGAGACUGGGAUAAGCUCUGGCCAUUUAAGCCUUUGGCUUUUGUGCACCUUUACCUCACAGUACCUUGCUCCACCCACACUCACUGCUCAUACUAACAAAAUGUUACCAUUAGUAAAAGGUUUUUCCCCAGCCAUUUUUAAGCUUCAAAACAUGGGAUGACUGCUAGUGACUAUGGUGGGUGAUUGAACUUGUUACUUUUUUUUUUCUUAGCAUCACCAGAUGGGCAAGCUUCUACAGAAAGAACUUGUGGUAUAGUUUGCUUCAUGUGUGACAAGCUUGUCACAAAAUCCUACAGCUGUUACAAGAAAGAGAAUGCACCAGAAAAAAUCAAGCAUCUCUUCACUCCUGGAGUCAAAGUAGUAAAAGUUUGUCGCAGAUGCAUGCCAUAUAAGAAACCCAAAGAAGACGACAGCAGUGCAGGAGCUGGAAAGGGGAAAGUAAAAGCAGUCAAGGGGAAACUUGCCAAGAUCAAAAGUGCAAAGCUGGUUAAAAAUGCUAAGUCGACUAGUAAAGCUAACUCUGGAAAGAUGAAUGAGAAGAAAGUCCCAGCUGUGAAGUCACCUUCAAAAGAUGAUAAAAAGCAGAAGGAUGGAAUCAAGGAGGAUAAAGCAAAAGUUUCCCCUACCAAAAAGCAGUUUAUUGUCAUGCAAACAAAGAAAUUACCUGCCUCAAAAGUACCCAUGGCCAAAGAUGUUAAGCUUGCAAAUACCAAACCUAUUCAAGUUGUAAUGGGUAAGCUUAUCAUUCCACCUAAAGAGGAAACCAAGUUGGAAGGUGGAAAAUCAGUCAGUCCCAAAAAUGUUAAUACAAGUGCUAAAGUCUUGUCAACCUUGGUCAAGAGCUCUGGACAGAAAAGUGACAGGGGGAUUAAUACAGUGGAAAAAGUUAAAGACAGCUCAGUUGCCAGUGAACACUCUGCAGAAAAUAAGCCCAAAGCAGCUAAAGUUGACUUUGGUACACAAUCAAUGAAAUCUAUGAUUGGUCUAAAUAAGGUUAAAACCAAGUCAGUAGAGCCAGUGUCACUGUCCAAUGAAACUGUAUCAGAGGACACUCCAGAAAAAGAAUUAAAUGAAAAAGCUGAAGACAGACCCAAAAUUAGUGCUUUAAAACAAGUGACGUCAAGUGAUGCAAAUUCAAUGACAUCAAAUGAUGUAAAAAUCAGUUCUCAGACGCAGAAGGAAGAUGUUGAGCAAGAAUUGAUAGAAAAAAGCACAAGUGCUGCAACUGAAGAAAUGGGAGGUGAUGUCAAGGAAAGUGAGGUUUCAUUGCUUGAGCAAGGAGAAAGUACCAAAUCCGAAUCAAAGAGCAGCGAGGAGAAGAAAACAGAUGAAAAAGUAGAAAGAGUUGCUGCAUGUAAAAGUAUUGCAGAAGGGGUGAAAGUGAGAGAAACAAGGUCAUCUUCAAGGUCUCCAGUGAGAGCAAGAGAAAUGAAACCUGCUGAAGUUUCAUCACCCAGGAGAGGAAGGAGCUCGGGAACUCCUGACAAAAAGCGUGAGGAUUAUAAACAGAUAGUCCCGACUGUAAUGACACGGAAAAGACUGGCGUCAUUUUCUGAGUCAGAAGGUGAGAAAAAGGCAGAAAUUGAUUCUGCAGUGGGAAGCAAGAGACGUGCUGUUGCUGCCCUGCUGGAAAAGAUGUCCAGAAAAUCUGCUGAAUCUUCUCAGAAUGGCUCUGCUACCAAAGUUAGCAAUGAGGAAGUUUCUAGUGGCAAAGGUGAGAUAGAAUUUUAGGCUUUUAUUUCUUUAGCUCAAAAAUAGCAUGGAUAUUCACUCAUAAAACUUUGUCUGGUCAGAUGUGAUGCAAAAGCACCACUAAACAAGUGGAUCUAGACUAGCACAAAAAGAACUCUUUACAGUUUCAUUUAUUUGAACUGAACGUUUUAGAGUUCACAUGCAAAACUUGUGGACAAAUUGAGUCAAAGAAACAAUGGCUCCUAAGUUGUAAUGACACAAGAGGGUUGCCAGUACCAUAGGGUUUUCUGGUAAAGAAUACCCUUGACAUCUCGGCAGUUGUGUCAGGACAGUGACACGGAGGUUUCCUAAUAACACUCUGCAACAGAGUCAGCCAAUAUCUGUUUUAUUUACCUUUACAGUCAGGGGUUUCCCCUUCACAUAAUUUGUUUUAAAAUCCCUAUUUAAAUCUUGUCAUAUUAAACUUAAUCCUUGCACUCCAGAUAUGCUUGAUGGUGUGUUUUUAUUCAAUAUACCCCAGAAGGUAGUCAGUGCCGUAGAGAUCCCUUUGCCUGGUCCUUAGGCUCGAUUAUUCCGUGCUGUCUAUGCAUUUGGGGUGACAUGGUCUAAAUGAGUUUUUUAGCAUGUCUCAGAUAUGAGAAGGCAUUGGAAGAUGCUGGACACAGACUAGGCAAGGCUUUCGUCUCAGGGUAAUGAUUCAGAGUUUCUCAACGUCCAAACAGGGGUUUUUGCAUAGUGUAAUGACAAAGGUUUUCAAUGCCCUAGUGAUCUGCCAGAGAGUAUUGAAAAAGAUGACAAUGUUCUGCAUCAGAGGUGGCCAAUACCUUCCUUAGUUGCUCCUAUGUCUUGUUUAACCCUUUAACUCCCAGCAGUGACCAAGAUCAAUUUUCUCCUAAUGAUAUCCAUACAUUGUCAAAAGAUUAGGUUAUGAGAAUUAAUAAAAAUGAUCACUAAAGAGAAAAUGCCUUAAUCUUUUAUCAAAUUUUCUCAACACAUUCUUAAAAAGGAAAAUGUAUGGAGAUCAGUUUGGACAAUUUGUACGUGGAUAUUGGGGCUUAAAGGGUUAAUAGUUGUUUUACAUUUUGGAAAAAUAGAAACAUGCAAUGUUUGUGUUUGUUUCCAUAGGCAAAGGCCAUUCUAUGACAAGGAGAAAUCAAAUCCCAAUUAAGUGUCCAGGAUGCAAUCAAAAGGUAGUGAAGUCAUACAGGUGUUUCAUGAGAGGCAAUGCACCAAGUCAUAUCAAGCCUUUGUUUACAGAACAGGCAAAUCCUGGUGAAAUGCUGCGCAUUUGUCGAAAAUGUCUUAAGGGAAAAGGAAAAUCUUAACCUCUUUGUAGAGGAUAUUUAUAUCAAAUUUAGUUAAAAGUUGUAUCAAUAUAAUUUUAAUAAUCGUUCAAUACAUUUAAUUUAUUUAUACUCAAACCAAUUGAAGAUUUGUAUACAAAAGAAAUUGAGGUGUAGUUUUGUACAUAACCUUUAGUUAGUACAUAGUCUCUCCAACAGACUCCGUUGGAGAGACUAUGGUUAGUAGUUAUACUUGAAGCAGUUUAAAAAGAAGUGUCCUGUAGAAUCUUAAUCCUGUACCAAAUUGUCUGUUUGGAAAAAGUAAACACAACACACGUAGGGAAGCAGUUGAAAAAUAUAUUAUCAACAGACACCACUGGGAGUUACUUUAAGGAAUCACUGUAACUGGAGCCUUUUGAAACAGGUAUCCACUGAAAUGUGUGAGAUGUGGCUUGGGUGUCCUGUGUCCUAACUGUAUAAACAAACUUGGAAAUUUGUCUAGUACUGGACAUUCUUCCCUUGUAGUUUCAAGAACAUUGAUUUUGGCAAAGUUUGUGCUUGAGUGUGCUGUCAGUUCCUUAAAGGAAUAAAUUUAUUUCUACUGUAUUUGUGAACUGCCCGUUUAAGAAUUAGCUGCUUGCUGGGUUAGUUCAAGUCAGAUUUUCAUGUUGGAAGCAUGUGUUUGUACGUCACUCUGUCAAACCAGUAACUAUUUUAGAGCUAGUGGUUAAGUCAUGGGCAUACACUGGUCAGUUUUUAUCUGUACUUGGAAGACUUUUAUAGGGAGCCCAUUGAGUGCCUAUAGCCUGCGUAGUUGGCAGGAUUAGCAGGCAAGGGCUGUUGUUAUUUGGUGGCAGAGCCGUGAGAAUGCCACUCAUGAAAAUCCCAUGCAACUCAAGAAAGUACCCUGCGCAUAACAAUCCUGCCAGCUGAACAGGCUAAGCAUCAGUGACCAGCUAAAUAUAAUGGUAAAUGGAUAUCUAUUAAGGUUGGUCACAGGAAAAAAAAAUUAAGCAGUGAAAAUUUUAUUUUGUCUCUAUUUCUGAUAUGACUGUACCCCAAUAUUGCUUGUAUGGUGAGUUAUUUACACUUGGAAUGAGAGAUAUACUGUAAAAUUUUAACUUCUCGCUCCAGUAGUUCAUAAGGUGAAUAACACUAUCCAGUGGAUAAAUCUCUAUCCAGUGGAUAGCCGUGCAAUUGUUUCCUGUAAUACUUAUCUGCUAGAUAGUGAUUUAUCUGGUGGAUAGCAAUAUCCAAUGUUUGAACAACCGGGCCCUGGUCUUUAAUAUGAAAUACCUCUGCUGUUACCAUUUGAAGGAAACUUGUUAAAAAAAGGCAGUUCUUUGUGUCAGGUACUUCAUGUAAAAUUAAUUUGUUUAAAGAAGGGAAGUGAUGACAUCAAAAAAGCUAGAUUUGUGAAAUUAUGGGAUUGACCACUCCAGAAAAUACCAUAACAUACCAUAAUGCUCUUUAUUUGUCACCCC